AUGAAGGUCUCUGAUCUUAUUAAUGCAUCAACGGGCUUAUGGGAUAAGACAAAGAUUAGUGAGCUUGUGGUUAAAGAAGAUUUGGCACUGAUUUUAAACAUCAAACCAUUGUUGUCAAAUACAGAUUCCACCAUCUGGUGUCUCUCUAAAGAUGACGUCUACUCUUCUCAAAGUGGUUAUCGGUUCCUGGAGGGCUUAAAAGAGAUGAACAUUAUGUCAAAAUAA